CCACCAACAAGCGAAUUAAUUGAUAAAGAAUCGACGAAAAAACGAUAGCUUCGGCAUAUAUAAAAGCAAAGGAUCUGCGAUCGGUUCAGAAUCAUCGGUUAUCAUCAGCAACUCAUUUCAGCCUUCGACGAAAUGAAGCAGCACUACCUUACUUCUAUCCUGCUUGCCGUGUGCCUGCUCACCGGCAGCACGCUUGCCCAGAUCGGUGUCGGAGUAGGAGGCAUCGGUGUCACUGUCCUCGGCUCGUCCUCUAUCAUUGGCGUUACCGUGGCCACAACGGUAGCUGCGGCAGCAACUACCACCGUCGCACCCGUAACUACCACCGCCGCCCCAGCCGUUACUGUUGCCCCUACGACCAUCGCUGCCGCUGCAACAACGACUACCGCUGCUCCAACCACUACCGCAGCAGCCGCCACAACCGCUUCCGCAACGGGAAAUACUGUUGUUUUUAACAUCAACGGAAGUAUCGUAACUGUCGCUUCAACCGAUCAAGCCACGAUCGCUGCUAUUAUCGCAGCACUGUCUGCUACUACCACUACAGUUGCCGCUACGACAACUACCGCGGCCGCCACGACUACUACGGCUGCCGCUACGACCACUACGGCUGCACCGACUACCGUCGCUGCGACCACCGCUGCUACCACCACCACCGUCGCAGCCACCACGGCCGCCACUACUGCAGCCACGACUGCCGCUGCGACCACUACCACCGCCGCCGCCGCUACCACAACGACAGCCGCUCCAUCCAUCUCGAUUACGAUCAACAUCAAUGGAUCAACGACCGUGAUUUCUACAUCCGAUCCCAAUCUGCUGACGAUUCUUACCCAAAUUCUCAACGGCCUGUCCACGACGACGACGACCGCCGCCGCCGCCACCACCACCACUACCGCUGCUGCCGCAGCUGGAACAACAACCACUGCCGCUCCGAUCAUCCGAGGCGGCUGUGGAGGCCAUGGCGGAAGAAUCGGAAUCGGUUUCGGCGCCGGAAUUGGACUGCGCGGAGGUGGCGGCAUCGGUUUCGGUAUCGGAGGCGGUAUCCGUGGACCUGGAAUUAUUCGUCCCAUCAUCGGUGCUGCCGCCAACACGGCGGGCAACGUAAUCGGUACGGCUGUUAACGCUGCUGGCGCUGUUGCCGGAUCAGGACUGAAUCUCGCAUCCGGUAUUCUCGGUGGUGCGGCCAACCUCGCUACUGGUGUCCUCGGUGGACUAGGCAACGCAAUCGGUGGUAUCGGAACGGGAUUGGCGGCUGCCGCUAAUGGUGGACUGCGAGCCGGAGCCAGUCUUCCGGUUGGUGUGAACGCUGGUACUCGUGCAGGUUUUGGAAUUGGCGGAAAUUUGGGAGCGCGAGCAGGGCUCAACGGUGGAAUUGGAGCUGGAUUCGGAGCAGGAAUUGGUGCAGGAUUUGGAGGUGGAAUUGGAGCAGGAGCCGGUGCCCGAUUUGGCUUCAAUGGAUAA